UGCGCACCGGGGCGGGAUGGCAGCCUUUUUCCUCGCGCUGUUUUUGGGCUGAUUUGUCACGUUUAAUGGGCCUGUGCACGCGCGCGCAAUUUUAUCUGCAAUGCCAGCGCGGCCGACGCAUCUCUUCUACGAGCCGGGGGUCAUUAGAUAGGUGAAAUUAAUAUUUCCACUUUCACCUGCCGUCGCCGACUCAAUCACUGCUCGAUCACAGGAGAGGACAGACUAUAUAUUUUUAUUUUUAUUUUUGCCGAAGAGACGACUCACCUCGAGGAAAGGAGGGAGGCCUAUAAUUCAGGACAGUAGGCUUUGAUUUCAGUGAUCCUAGUCAUUAUAAGAAAAAAAAAUCUUUAGGCCAUUAUAUUUGGCCUAUUAUAGCCUAAAAUCUUGGUAGCCUAUAAGAGGUAGCCCUUUGAUACUUUUCUUAGAGCAUGCAAUUAUUUAUUUAUGCAGUAGCACGUGAAUUUUUCCAUGUAGAACCUCAGUAAGGCGAAUAUUGGCAUGUUGCACAUGAUGAUUAUAUAAACAGCUUAUAUAAACAGAUCAAUAAUAACCUUGUGCGCCCUUGCUGUCCCUGUGAUCUGCCAACAUUUAAAGAGACGUCCCAAUUUCAUCUCUCUCUUUCUAGAGCAUGUGGCCCCAGGCAGGUCUAAUGGUUUAUUAGAGCAUUUGAUAUUUGGAGCUCAGGGAAACAGAUACUAAAAUCUCAGGGUGUAGAUCUGGGAGCACUGUGAGUCACCAGAUAUUCGGAUUAGUUGCAUAUGCUACUUGAUCAUUUGAAGCAAAAACCCUGUUGGAUGCUUUGAGCAGAGGCCUGUCUCAAAGCAGCAGUGAGCAGUUCAACAUAGGCAAUAAACACUGUAACUGGUAUGAAGCUGCUGCUGGCUCGAGCCAAAGAACCAAGGCACUAUUAGUGGUUCCUGAAGAUUUUUAGGAUAGCAUAUCACAAAUUUACAGGUAUAGAGGCCUAUAGACGGAAAGAAGAUAUAUAUUUUGCACUUUACAAUGCAUGUUUAGCUGACUAAUCAGCUGCUAGUUGCCUGGCCUAUAUACUAACAUAUAUCUGAUUCUAGCUCGCACUUUACUGGUCAGUGUUGACAUUUAAAAUUUAAUGACGCACAACUCUGGUCUUCCUACAAACGAGAAGAAAACCUUUGUCAAUAUCCGUUCAAUUAUUUCCCCCUUUUGAUUUGCUUGGAUUGUGAUAAGAAUGCAUGAAUAGAGUCAUUUAAACCCUCAGCAAGAUCCCCUGGAACUCCAUCCAGGAAGACGUACACAGGAGAGUUAAAUUUUUUGAGGCACCUCCCAGAAAUCAGCUUUCGCAAACAUCUGGUGAAAUGGCAGCUGCGCACUUACUGUUCCUGUCCCUGCUGUGCACUCUUUGUGUGUACCAGAGCCAUGCGGCCUGUGCAGAAGUGGACUCAGACACAGAGGCAGUGGCAGGAAAGGGAUUCAAGCUGGGCUGCAUCUCCUGCAAGAUGAGGAGUGAAGUGGAGGGUUCGGCCACUGUCGACUGGUACUUUAGGCCCAAAGGAGAGCCAGACUUUAUUCAUAUCUACAACUACGACGAGGGCAGUCCCACCAUUAAAGACGAGCGCUUCGAGGACCGCGUGGACUGGAACGGCAGUAAGAGGAGCAACGACAUCCAAGAUGCAUCCAUAUAUCUCUUCAACGUCACCUUCAACGACUCGGGCACCUACCGCUGCUACUUCAACCGCAUCCUCACCUACCCGUACUACGAGUACCAGACGGUGGUCAGCAAGGUCAUCCAUCUCACCGUGGUGGCUAAAGCCACCAGGGGGAUGGCCUCCAUCGUGUCCGAGGUGAUGAUGUAUGUGUCCAUCAUCGGCCUGCAGCUCUGGCUCCUCAUAGAGAUGAUAUACUGUUACAGGAAAAUAGCAGCAGCCGGAGAAGAAGCCUUACGAGAAGCCGCAAAUGCGGAGUACUUAGCGAUAGCCUCGGAAAGUAAAGAUAACUGUGCCGGGGUGCAGGUUGGAGAAUAGCACAGGGCUUCAUCCACGGACUGAAAGCGACAUCCUCUACUGUUUGGACUGCAUGAAGACAAAAAAGGAAACUCGUUCUUCCUCCUCUUCCUCUCUUUUUCCACGACACAGACUCACAAACGGAUAUGACCUUCAAACAGAGCAUGGUACCAGCACUUGUAUAUAUCUAAAAUUGCGCGCAAAAGCAUGUUCUGCACUUAUACUAUAAACCAUAAUGCAUCGAUGAGCCUCACUAAUAAGAGCAUAUUACGUGCAAUAUUUCUUUAAGUGUAUGUAGUACUACAUUAUAGAAAAUAUACAUGGUACUGUGGGAGUGUGUUGGUACUCCUAGAGAUCGAUUGUGAAAUAAAGCUUUUUACUGAAUCCUCGACACCAUCCAAUGUAUAAAUAAGAAAAAGAAACGACAUCCACUGUAAGGUUAUUGAUAAGGUUAUUCAUGAAAUAGAAUGUGGUAGACUAUGAUAGACUGUCUCUCCAGUUUAAUUAGUCUCUCUAGUGGUACAUUCAAUGAAAUCUGAAGAUGUACUAAUAAAAACCGAGAAAAUACA